AUGAGGUCUACAUCGCUGAUGAUGAUAAUUUUUAUUAUCCUUCCGAUAUUUUCCUGGUCGGUUGUAGUUGCUAAUUUAAAUGUAGCCAAUUUAAAUGGAUUAAAAGCUCAAUUUCAAACAGCAAUUAAAUCAUUUUCGGAUAUAUCAUCGUUACAUUAUACUUUAGCUGGUAUUAAAGAACUCGGUGUUCAACUUCCCGAUUCCUAUUGCGAUAAUAUUAACAAAUUAGUUGAUAAAUCAAAUGUUGAAUCAAUUUAUCAUGCUACUGAAGCAUCAAAAACAUUAGUGAAUUGCAAAUUACCUGCCGAAGACUAUCGUGCUAUUCUAACAGCAGUUCUUCAAUCAGAAGAUAGUAAAACAGCUGAAAUCUAUUUUGCCGUUCGUUCAAGUGUUAAUCUUGGUUUAACUGUUGAUGAAUCCAAGAUUGAAAAACGUCUCAAUCUAUUAGCUAAAACUGAUGAUAGCGUCGUAAGUCAAGGUUAUGCUUUAUUAACUGGCGCACAGUUAAGUCAAACAAUAGCAAAAUCUUAUGCUGAUACAAUCAAUGAUCUUGUACAACAAGCCGAUGAAAUCGAUGGUAGUAUACUUCAAUACGAAGGUGGCAUUGGUGCAACCGCAUUGAUUUUCAAUGCAUUUUAUGAAGUUGCAGAAAAAGCGGGUGUACCAGUUAAAAUUGAUUCUAAACAAUUAAUUAAAUUUGCAACAUAUUUUUCAAGUAAACGACAUGUUGCUACAUUACGAAGUGCUUAUUAUUUAACAAAAAUCUUUAAACAUUUAUCGGAUAAUAAGAAUCAAGUUCCAGUUGUUGUUAGUCGUAUUAGUCCAUCGGCUAUUAGUCCACAAAACCCAUCGGUACUUGUUUCCGUUACGAACAUUCUCGGACAGCCUGUUGGUGAAAUGUCUGUUGUUGCUGAAUCAGCUAAACGUAAAGAAGAUGGUGUUGUUGUUAUAUCCAAACAAAAACUGAUUUCUAAAGCUAGUGAUUUUUCGGUUUAUGAAUUACCUUUCUAUGAUACGAAGAUUCCUCGUGGAUUUUAUACAAUUCAUUUAACGUUGACAGCACGUAACGAAGGCAAACUAAUUGGUUUAACCGAUAAUAUGAUUGAUGUUAAAGUUACAUCAGAAGGCAGUAUUGAAAAUGUAGAAUUAACUGUUUCAGAUCGUGAUAAUACUGCACAAGCUAAAACAUACAAAUUGAGCUAUCCAAAUGGUCAAACUGAUAAACUUGAACUUGAUUAUCAUCAAAAAUUAACAAUUAAAUUUCAAAUAAAAGAUAAACAAAGUGGCGAAUUCGUUCGUGUUCAACAAGCAUUUUUACGUUUUACAAAUAAAAAAUCCAAUAAAGAAAUCAUUUAUCUAGCUGAACCAUCCGAUGGUGCUAAUUCACAAUAUAAAGUUGAAGUGGAUUUAAUAACAAAUGCAAAUGAUUUUCGUCACCAAUCAGAUACCUAUGAAGUUGUUUUAAUUCUUGGAGAUUCUUUAUUACAAACUGCAUAUGAAUGGAAAUUAAAUAACAAUGUUCAAUUAACAUUUCAUGAAGAUAGUCUUGCUGAUAAAGAUCAUCAAAAACUAUAUUUACCUCGGCCAGAAAUUAUUCAUCAAUUUCGUGAAGAUGAAAAACGACCACCCAAUGUUGUAUCACUUGUUUUCAGUGCCUUGACUGCACUGCCACUAUUAGUUCUUUUAAUUUUAUGGCUUAAACUUGGUUUCAAUUUGGCUGGUUUACCACUCGGACUGAGUCCAUUAGGUUUUCAUAUUUCUCAUGCAGCUGUUUUUGCUUUGAUGUUUUUCUAUUGGAAAUGUUUAAAUAUGUUUCAAACAGUGCGAUAUCUUGCUUUAGUUUCUAUACCAUUAUUUCUUUUUGGUCAUCGAGUAUUAUCAACAUUAGCUGCUCGACGAGAGAAGAAAGUUUGA